AUGUCUUCUCUUGGCAGCACCGAUCUUGCCGGCUUGACGACCGAUGACAAGAGCCUGUAUCUCUUCUACCAAAGGUCCGGCUACAUUGUCGAGGCCUUCUCCGAGGAAGGUGGCCCUCCAACACAGACAUCUGUGCAAGUCGCCGCAGACGCGCAGAGUGGCGGUUCCCCUCUGACUGCCUACUACGUCAAAGAGGAUCUGAACUAUGACAAGCAUUCCACGAUUCACAUGAUCUAUCUCAACAAAGAAGGACACUUGGUUGAAAAGGUCAGACGGGUUUCCUCAGACAAGUGGGAAGACGCUCCCAAGCCUCCAGGCCAUGCCGCAGAACACUCGCGCAUCACCAGUGGUGUGUCGCAGAGAGGUCUCGACCGGGAAAGCUCCCAUGUAACCCAGCUGGUUUUCUUCACGAGCCGGGAGGAGCAGGGGAAGUCGCCCAUUACUGAACUUCGCCGGGAUAACAAGGGCAAUUUCCGUCUGGAGCACGUACUCUCAGACGAGCCUCUCUCGCUUCCCGGAACGCAUCUCGCAUGUAUUGUCACUCGGGAGAACGUGGACUUGUAUCACCAGGACCAUGACAAGAAUAUCAAGUGGUGGAGAUAUGAGGCCGAACGCCGGCGCUGGGAAAACAAGGGAAAAGUGCUUGAGGGCAGCAGAGUCAUGGUAAGGACUCCCUUGGCUUCUGUGCACUUUGAAGGCAAGAACCACAUUCUCUAUGCCGAUGAUCAGAUGAGACUGCGGGACUACGUCGACGGCAAAACUAUUGACGUUGUAAGGAGAGUCUAUGAAGACGCUGGCAUCAAUGCCAUGGUGUACCGCAACAAGAUCAUCUUGUUCUACAAGAUGGUUGAACCCGAGGGAGCGAUCGGCACUGCGUCCUUCACGGAGGGCAGGUGGAAGGAAGAGGGCGUUUUCAUCAAGCCUUGA